AUGGCCAUUUUGGCAUACCUCAUCUUCAUGUAUGUAUUACUGUAUUCAAUCUCUGAAACCCAUGGGCUUUUUGAUGUUCGACCUUUUUUUAUUAUGAAGAGGCCGAUUUGGAAAACCAAUAGACAUUCCAAACAAAACAAAACUUUUGAAUAUACAACUCUUUUAACUCAAAAACCUACAAGGACUACUACAGACAUACCAAGAAGACCAACCACUCUUUCUCCAGGUUUAAAACUCAAGUACAACUACCAGGAGAUUCUCCUCAAAUCCAUGCUGUUCUAUGAAGCCCAGAGAUCUGGAUAUUUACUUCCCAACCGUAGAAUACGAUGGAGAGGUCACUCAGCAUUAAAUGACAGAAGUGAAUUCGGUGAAGACUUGACCGGUGGCUGGUACGACGCUGGAGACCAUGUGAAAUUUGGGUUUACCAUGGCAAGUGCUACCACCAUAUUGUUAUGGGGCCUUGUUGAAUUCCGAGAGGCCUAUGAAAAAACUGGUCUAAUAAAAGACAUGUUGGAUUGUGUGAGAUGGCCUUUAGAUUACUUCUUGAAAGCACAUACUAUGAAAUAUGAGUUCUAUGUACAGGUUGGCAACCCUUAUAUUGACCACAGUUAUUGGACAAGAGCCGAAGAUAUGACCAUGGAGAGACCAGCUUUCAAGGUUACAAAGGAAAACCCAGGAAGUGAUGUUGUAGCCGAAACAGCAGCAGCAUUAGCAGCAGGAGCUAUGGUUUUCAAUAGAACUGAUAGACUAUACGCCACCCAGCUGCAACAACAUGCUAUUCAAUUGUUUGAAUUCGCAGACGAAUACCGGAAUAAGUAUAGCGACAGUGUUCCAGUUGUCAGAGAAUUCUACCCUUCUUCAGGUUACCAAGAUGAACUAACAUGGGCUGCCAUUUGGCUGUAUCGUGCCACAGGGAUGAAAAAGUACUUACAUUAUGCUGAGAGAAACUAUAUAGGUGGCUGGGUUUGGUCGUUUUCUUGGGAUGAAAAAGAAAUUGGUUCCAUGGUUUUGCUCUACAAUUUAACCAGGAAGGCAAAAUACAAACGGGAUUUGACUCAGAUUUUACAAGAUUGGUUACCUGGUGGUACUUUGCCCUACACUCCGAAGGGUUUGGUGUAUAGGUCAUCAUGGGGAGUGCUCAGGUAUGCAGGAAACAUGGCAUUUAUUGCUCUUCUAGCUGCUGAAUCUGGCUUAAAUUCAACAGUCUAUCGGUAUUGGGCUCUUCAGCAAAUCCACUACAUUCUGGGAGAUAGUGGAAGAAGUUAUGUCGUAGGGGCUGGUCACAACCCACCAAUGAGACCACAUCAUGCUGGAAGUUCAUGUAAGGUCUCUGGCCCUUGCUCAUGGGAUGAUUUUGAGAGUAAGGGCACCAACCCCAUCAUACUGUAUGGUGCUGUGGUUGGAGGUCCUGAUAUAAAUGACAGUUACAUUGAUGACCGUUCAGAUUUCAUCCAUAACGAAGUGACAUGUGAUUAUAAUGCUGGUUUCCAUUCUGCAGUAUCAGGUAUUUGUUACCUUCUUCUCACACAUCACUUUCCAUUUACUAAACCACCAUAA